GUUUGACAACUGAGAGAGUCUAGAAAGGCUUUAAUUAUAAGAACUGACCUAUUGCUGAUCUUUCAUCAUGAAGGCCAUGGAGGACCAGGUUGUUCAGGAAGAACAAGGAUACCAGGAUGAUGAGGAAUCAUUGUUUCAGGACAUCGAUCUGCUGCAAAAGCACGGCAUAAAUGUGGCUGAUAUCAAGAAAAUGAAGACAGCAGGGAUCUGCACCGUCAAGGGGAUCCAGAUGACCACCAGGCGUGCUCUGUGCAACAUCAAGGGACUCUCUGAGGCCAAAGUAGACAAGAUUAAAGAAGCAGCCAACAAGCUUAUAGAGCCAGGCUUCCUGACUGCCUUUGAGUACAGUGAGAAGCGGAAGAUGGUUUUCCACGUCACCACGGGAAGCCAGGAAUUUGAUAAGCUGUUGGGGGGCGGAAUUGAGAGCAUGGCAAUUACAGAAGCUUUUGGGGAAUUUAGAACAGGAAAAACCCAGCUUUCUCACACCCUCUGUGUGACAGCUCAACUUCCAGGAGCUGGAGGUUAUCCAGGAGGAAAGAUCAUCUUCAUUGAUACGGAAAAUACUUUCCGUCCGGAUCGUCUUCGAGACAUUGCUGACCGCUUUAAUGUAGACCACAGUGCUGUUCUGGACAACGUACUCUAUGCCCGUGCUUAUACCAGUGAGCAUCAGAUGGAGCUGCUUGACUAUGUGGCCGCCAAGUUCCAUGAGGAAGCUGGUGUCUUCAAACUUCUGAUCAUCGAUUCAAUCAUGGCACUCUUCCGUGUGGAUUUCAGUGGCCGGGGGGAAUUAGCUGAGAGACAACAGAAACUGGCCCAGAUGUUAUCUCGACUUCAGAAGAUAUCAGAAGAGUACAAUGUGGCCGUGUUUGUGACCAAUCAGAUGACGGCUGAUCCUGGAGCAACUAUGACUUUUCAGGCAGACCCUAAAAAGCCCAUUGGAGGUCACAUCCUGGCUCAUGCUUCAACAACCAGGAUUAGCUUGCGGAAAGGAAGGGGAGAGCUUCGCAUCGCCAAAAUUUAUGACAGCCCUGACAUGCCUGAAAAUGAAGCCACCUUCGCAAUAACAGCUGGAGGAAUUGGGGAUGCCAAGGAGUAGGAGGAGAAUUGGUGCAGAACUGGAGGGCAGAACAGGCUCGAUCAGGACUGAAGAAAGACUGAAGAAAACACCUAUUCAGAACAUGAAAACAGAGUUUGUUUUUUAACAUGAUUCAGUAUUGACUAAUGGGAAGUGGGUAAAAGAGAUAAAAAUGAUUCCUUUCCUUUUAAG